AUGUCCCUGCUCAGCUGCAGCUUGUGCCUCUUCCAGCAGCAUCCAGACUCCUUACACCUCUCCCCUCUCUCUGGCAGGGCUGUGGAGGCCAGCACCCUUCAGCAGGAGCGGCUGCAGGCCAUCGCGGAGAAGCGGAAACGUCAGACAGAGAUUGAGAACAAAAGGCGGCAGCUUGAGGAUGACAGGCGGCAGCUCCAGCACCUCAAGUCCAAGGCGCUGCGGGAGAGAUGGCUGCUGGAGGGAGCCCCAGCCUCCGGCUCUGAGGAGGAUGAGGCCAUGAAGAAGCAGAUGCAGGAGGAUGAGUUGAAGACCAAGGAGUUGGAGGAAACCAUCCAGAGCGGUCACAUCUCCUCUCUGUCCCCAGCUGAGAAGAAGGUCUCCAGCAGCCCCAUGAAGGCGAUGGAGGGAACUGAUAUGCUGAAGGCAGCCAUGUACUCAGUGGAGAUCACGGUGGAGAAGGACAGAGUGACUGGGGAGACCAAGGUCCUGUCCAGCACCACGCUGCUCCCCCAGACCCACUGUCCACAGGGGGUCAAAGUGUACGAGGAUGAGCUGAAAGUGGUGCACGCUGUGAGCGCCGAGGACGGGGCCCUGCAGAACGGAGCCCACCCCCUCAGCUCCUCCGAGGUCGACGAGCUCCUGCACAAGGCAGACGAGGCCACCCUGAGUGAAGCCACCGGGCGCGAGACCCCGUCCAAGGCCGGCAAGGAGCCCGGCAGUGCCCCGGCGAGCCAGAAGGCAACACCACGGCGGGUGGGCAGCACCCGGGCUCGGGGCUGCCCCGGCACCGCCGUGUCCCCGCUGCUGGUGCCCGGCGCUGGGGCAGCCCCAGCUCAGGGAGCCGGGCCGGGAGCGCUGCCCUCAGGGGUGCGGCUGCGCCUCGGCAAACAGGGCGGGGAUGUGUUCCCCGCCCGAGGGCACGCCCGGGGUUACGUGUGCCUCGCUGGCGCCGGGGCCAGGCUGGGCAUGGUGUCUGUGGCACGGUGA